CUCUGCUCAAUCCUUUCUACCCUCCCUCUCUGCCUGUCUGUAUACUGUACCUCUUAUUACAAGCUUCAUUGACACGCAGCCCUUCUUCUCCACAGAAUCCAGCCAAGCAUUAACCCUAUAGCUUACAAGGUGCAUCAGAAAAGGGGGAUCUGACUCUCUAUUGAUUCAUUCAGAGGAUUAUUUACAGGCCUGCUUCGACAAAGCGGUGGGAGGUCAGGGCUGUCUGCCCCGGUUCGUACCUCACUGGAAUCACUUGCUUCCCUCUCUAGGUCUGGUCUAGGAACCUUUUUUACUCGGGAUGCAUGGAUCCAGAUUUGUGAAGAUGCCAAAAACCUUCUGGACUUGCCUAGUGCUACUCUCUUUCUUCCUCGUGUUGACAGUAGCUUCUAAGAAAGGAGGAAAAAGCAAAGGUGGUGGAUGGAACAGUGGUAGCAACCGAAACCCCAGCCAACCAGGCAACACUGGGAGCAACUGGAAUCCCAACUACCCAGGCAACACUGGGAGCAAUUGGAAUCCUGGCAGUAACAUGGGAAAUAAUUAUAAUCCAGGGGGCAACUAUAACAACAAGCAGUGGAAGCCCGCGAAGAGCAAACCCAACAUGAAGAUGGUGGCUGGUGCAGCAGCGGUGGGAGCAGUUGGGGGUUUCAUGCUGGGGAAUGCUGUUAGUAACAUGAGAUACAACUUUGACAAUGAUAAUGAUUAUCGUUAUUACAACAGCUACCAAAACCAGAUGCCAAGCCGAGUUUACAGACCCAUGUACCAAGACAAUGCCCAUGUGACAGAAGACAGAUUCGUCACUGACUGCUACAACAUGUCCAUGACGGAGUAUGUGAUGAAACCCAACGACGGAAAGAAUGUCAGUGACAUAGAUGUAGAUGUCAGGGUCAAGAGCACCAUCAUCCGGCAGAUGUGUGUUACAGAGUACAGGCAGGGAAAUGGGUAUCGAGGGUAUGGAUUGAUGCUCCUGGGCAGUCCGAGUCUCAUCCUCUUCAUCACCCUCUUCGUAUACUUUGUAGUGCAGUGAUGAGAAGGAUCUAUGCUGAAAAUGGAAAAUAAUUCUGUGAGUGCAUGUGUCUGUGUGUGUAUAUAUAUAUAUAUAUAUAUAACACUCACAUGUAUAUUUGUGUGUAUAUAGAUUGAAUUGAUGCAGUAAUCCUGCUUCACUGCCUAAACCGUUAUUCUCUCUUCAAUUCCCUAUAUAACCGCAGAUAUGGGAUUCCCUAUAAGCCUAUGUUGUUUUCUUUAUUAGUGUACACGUCACAUGGCAGAGCUCUAGAACAUGUUAGGAAGGAAUGGUUCUAUCCCUCCUGCUUGUGUACAAUCUGAAUCUUUGUAUCACUAUUAUAAACACACAUGUACAAAAAUGAAACUGUUUUAUUUAGCUGUACAAAUUUAAUUCAAUGUUUUCUGUGACUUUUUUUUUUUUUUCCAGCCACCAUGGCUCGCUGUUAUAUCGCAUGCUAAUUGGGAAACUAUUGAUAGCGAAUGUUUCCAAAUGAAACAUUACACAGAAUUUAUAGCAGUGACUUUAGAAUGUAUUGAUAACCAAACUGGGUUUCCUUCCUUGAUAUAGCAGCAUUCUAUUACUGAUAGUCAUUUAUAAUUUAAGUUGCACUCAUAGUAAUUUUGUUAGAAGGGUAAAUUCAUUGAGCUGUUUUGUGGGAUGGGGAGGAGGGGGAGAUAGUCAUCACCUGUUCAAUUCCCAUUAACACUGAAUGGCUAUAAAUGAAUCAACAUGUAAUAUUGGUAGACUGUAACUACAUUUUUGCAAAGGAGCAUUGAUGGACUAUAAAUAAUCUGCCACAAAGGAACAUUGCUGAACUGCAAAUAAAUGUCUACAACAACGCAACAAUGACUGGGUCUGGAAACAUAAUGGGCAUUUUACAAGAACAGAGAAGAAACUGAAAACGUCACAUUUGGUGGAGAUGAAGGAGGUAAAAUUCAUAAAUAAAAAGCAUAUUAUCGCGACCAUGCUCCAGCUUCCCUGAUGGUCUUGCCAGUCCUGUGCUGCAAUCCUCUAUAGAAUUACCUCUUGGCCAGAGUACAGCAGGCCAAGCAGGUGUUGAUGCCUCUCCCACAUGUCAUUUAUGUAAAUAGGAGGAGUGCAAUUCUGCUUUUGUUUUUUAUAACUUCUCUUUAACUAAGUUUUUAGUGUUUAUGGACUUAUCCUUUUUAUAGCUUAAAAGUAACUGUACUUAAUAUUACAUUUUGACAAUGAAUAUUUGUUUAUUCCAACACAAGUCAACACUAUUACACAACUCAUCAGAAAUACAUUAAAACCUGUUCUUCAAAGCAAAGCAGUCAUAAGCAGGUGGCCAAUGACACUGGUCCCCUGGUGCUGCAUCUUCUUCUGCCUCCCAGGCGACAUGCAGAGGUGUGUGAUCCCCCUUCUUGUGCCCGGGUGUGGUAUUUAAGGUAGAUAGUAACUAGGUCGACAUUAGGUUUUUUUUGGUCAUUUUCUUCGUAGAGUGACCGGGAACCCCAAUUAGUGCACCGUGUCCCCUCGCUCCACUACCACUGCACUCGGCACAGGUUACCGUUCCCAAUUGUAGUCCACGUAGAUCGUUAAGUAUGAAAAGGUUCAAAAAAAAUAAAAAAAAAUCGUUAAAAACUCAUGUCAACCCUUUGACCUGUCGACCUAGAACAUGUCGACCUAGAGAUCCUGUCGACCUAGAAACCCUGUCAACCUAGUUACUGUCGACCAAUAGUGGUCGACCUAGAGACCGGAUCCCCUUGUGCCCCCCACACACUCGCAAACACAUACACACAAACACACACACAUGCAGCCUAGGUAAAGACGAUGCCGCACACAUGAUCUACGGAGGGUAGGACUGUGCAGAGCAAUAGAAUGCUAUUGCUAUACACAUUUACCAUGCCCAUCAUUUGAUGUGUCUGAGCUGACAUCCUAAAUGGAUCUCAAACCACAUCCAUCCCCAGCAUAAUCUGCCAACGCCCUCCCUACCCCUCUGUCAUUGACUCUGGUGGUAGUGCAUGAAUGUAAAUGAAUAUAACCUGGAAGGACAAUACCCAUAUGACUAAUUGUAGCUCUCUAGUUGUUUCAUCAAAUCUGUGGAUCUAAUUAAUUUAUAAACAAAAGAUUGGCUGCAAGAUGUAAAUAUCACAGCCCUGCAAUUACAUUAUGGGGGUAUUUAUCAAAGCUUGAAAAGAUAUAAAAUAGUAAGAAAGUACAUCAACCAAUCAGCUCAUAAAUGUCAUUUUUCAAUCACAGCAUGUAAAAUGUAAGGCAGAAGCUGACUGACUGGUACUUUAUUUGAUAAAUGCCCCCCUAAUUUUAUGAAGUGUAAUGGAAUUUUUUAACCAGUAACACUAUACACGGUUUGCUUCGCUGGCCAUCAUCCCUAGAAUAAAAGGAAAAUAGAAGUAAUCCUGGUAAUUGGUAAAAUUCUUGGUGGAAUUUGUCUAACACUAAAUUUGACAGAAAAUAGUCAUAUAUUGCUAGAAUUGGGUCUUUUACUUCACAUUUCAUUACAGAGGACAUAUACAGGACCAUAAUUAGGGGUAUGCGAGCAGAGCCAUCACACAGGGGUUCUGGGGCAGGUACUGUCGCUGUCCCACUGCACCUGAAUGUGGCUUGUAGAGUGCCUGGAGUUGCACACUGCAGCCAGUACUGUACAGUUACUACAGGGCCACCCAGUGUAAUCAUGGGAUGCACCGGACAGGCAUAUCCUGCUGUCUGUAACGUCCUUAGGAUACUCCGAGCAGUGCUGUACAUCCCAGAGCCGGUGGUCUCCGUCCUCAUAGGCGUGGUGUUAUGACGCACUGCUAUCCUGUUACAGUGCUGGAUGUAUAUAAUCAUAGAAGUAUAAAAAAUAGAUUGUUUUUUGAAACACAAAGGUAAAAAAUAAUACAGCAAUAGAACCUUGUGGAGGUAAAGGAAAUCUGCAGAGAUAAAUAAUACUAAUCCUUAAAACAUAAUACAACUAAAUAAAGAAGUUUGCAUAAAUAUUGCUGUAUCCUCCUGAAAAAAUUUUUUACUUCUAAUGAUGAAACUAAAGAAAAAUUCUCUUUAAUCAUAAAAUCAUUUCCAUUAAAAUUCCAACAAAUGGAAAAGUAAUUUAGAAAAUAAAAAUAUUUUGUUUUAAAGAAUUCAUCAAGAAAGAUCCAAGGGAAGUGCUAACUUAAUCAUUGUCCUAAGACCAUAAUAUAAACCCCUUUUGCUGCAAUCUAGCCAAUACGUUCUAGCGGUAGGGGCCAACGUACCACUUUGUCAGGCCAGCCUCUGGGACAUGCGCAAUCCAGUAGUCAGUGCACAGUACAUCUGAGAACCCAGACUUAGGUUUUCAGUUCUAUGUAGAGAAUAAAAAUUAAAAUAAAUUGUUGAAAAUAAAAAAAUAUAUUCUAAAUAAAAAUAUAUUUUAAAACUUUUACAAAUAAUGGAUUUUUCUAUGCAUUUUAUUUCUAUUAAAACCAUCCUAUGAUAAUAAUACUCAGAGUGACCGCCAGGAACAACUAUGAUAGGGCCAGGAAAUCUGCAUCAUGCCCCCAUUUUUGUAGAUUGGUCCCUACCACCACCCUUGCUCCACCCCACAAAUGCAGAUUGGAUGCACUGCAAGUGACAAUGCAUGCACAUUCCAGCCAUCAUCAGAGUUGUAUGAAAACCAUUGGGUUUGCAUACAAGUCUGGAUCAGGCCCAUAGCACCUUCUGUAGCAUUAGCCUGCAGCUGAAGACAUGCAGAUAGAAUGUAUUACCACCAAUUAGAGUCAUUCUACGACAGCUGAUGCUCUACUUGCUGAAUUACCUCAAGAGUCUGCCCACGCCUGGUAUCACUGAUGCGUUUCAAUGAGCUCACUCUGCUUUCAUAAGGGGAUUCUGAUCAUUCCUAUUGUGGUUCCCUGUGCAAGAGUGUAAAUGUCCCAUCACUGUCCCCUAAUAUUUAGUGCCAAUACAUUUAAUAAAAUACAUAUUUUGUACUAUUUUUUUCCUAAAAUAAUGCUAAUGUUAGUUUCAAUUAUUAACGAGGGACAUCUGGGUUGUAUUUAUUACAGUUUAGUGUUUAUAAAUCUUUUUAUUACAUUGAACCGAGAAUAAUACACAAGGAGCUAUGUAUACCCUUACUAGCUUAAUUAAGUUACAAUUGUGUGCAUAACAGGAACACCACUAUGUAUGUGAUACAUGACCUGUACAUAAAUCAAUGUUUCACACAAGACUCUCAGAGUGGCUAGCAGUACAGUAUCUAUGCAGCACCAUGUGUAAUAAACUAUGGGGCAUACCCAAUUCCCCAUGGCUAAUUGAGGACGUCGGUCAUGUAUGCAUCCCCCACGUUUUAAGCCCUUAGGGUGCACUCUUCCUCACAUGCUCAGGAGCUGCUGGGAAAAGUCUGUGUUUAACACACAGGGAAACUCAUAGAUUACUGCAUCUAUGGGAUACUGUGCGGGAAAAUGCAAAGUGAAUGAAUAGCUCCAGGUGUGAAACCAGAGCUUUUUCCCGUGGAAUCCCAACUACUAAACUCAGACAAUGGAUUGUGUGUCAGAUGCUUUAGUGCAUCUUUUAGUCCCUGUUUCAAAUAUGUAAGUAGAUGCAGUUUGGAUAGGAGUCCAGAUUACCUCAGCAGGGACGCUAAUGUUACGGCAAGUACUCAGACAAGGACACACUUCAGAAUGGUGCCUAUGGGCUCCACUUAGCAACAAUAUUAUUUGCCGGUGGUCUAUUUCAUUUAGUAUCACAGUGAUACUAAUGACUACGCCACCAAUGUUUACCAUAGCUUUCCUGUCCGGCAAGGUCCAGCAUUGUCUCCCUCCUCUAUGGUGUCCUCUGGUGAGUUACAGGCAAGCUAAUGCUGCCGACAAAGGGCUACUGACUAAUGUUAAAGGACCACAGAUAGCUGCGCAUGCACAUUGUGCUUCAGUAGGGUGGGGAAUAAGCAAAGUCUGGAAAGCUUUGCUAGGCUUCACCCCAUUGCUAGCCUCUAUAGAUGGCAUAAGCAGUACAUAAACAGCGCUAAGAUCUGCUAGUUAAAUACUGGACAGAUGUCAUAUCUAAAAGUGCUAAAGGAUUGAGUCCUAAAGGAUUGAGGGGCAGAUUUAUUAAGCCUGGUGAAGUGAUAAAGUGGAAGGUGAUAACGCACCAGCCAAUCAGCUCCUAACUUCCAUGUUACAGGAUGGGUUUGAAAAAUGACAAUUAGGAGUUGAUUGGCUGGUGCGUUAUCACCUUCCACUUUAUCACUUCACCAGGCUAAAUAAUUCUGCCCCUGUGUCUUGGAUAGAGGUAAAGUGGAUGGAGAUAAAUUACAGCCAAUCUAACUGCCAUAUCACAGUUGGGAUUGAAAAAUUACAGUUAGGAGCUGACUGGCUGGUACCAUAUCUCUGUCCACUUUAUCUCCAUGCAAGGUUAGUAAAUAGACUCCUAAAUAAGUCCUUGAAACUGAAGAGCAGUAACUGAAAGUCUCCACUGGUCAAUCAAAGCUGUACCAUGCAGCCUAGUUUUUUAGCCCCUGGAGAUAGGAGGAGUACAUGAGUGGAGUACAAGUAGUUUUAGUACAUUUGGUUUUAUACAUCAGGAGUCACAAGGACAGCAUUGCCCAUCUGCCCUUUAUGUAUUGGUGGGUGCAGGUCACAGUAGUUGGCUGUGGUUUUGUGGCUGAUCACAAUUUUUCCUGUCAUUUUAGCCCAGGUCUGGUGGUACAGUAGAAGGUCUAGGUUAUAGUUAUGAUUCCUUUUAGUGCUGGUGUAACAACUAAUGGGCCCUACUCAUUUGACGAUGCGCCGCCGAGGUGCCCGACGGCCGAAACGGCCGACGAGCGACCCGGUGGCGGGGGAGCAGUGAUGGGGGAGUGAAGUUUCUUCACUCCCCCCGUCACGCGGCUGCAUUGAAGUGCAGGCAAAUAUGGACGAGAUCGUCCAUAUUGUCCUGCAUGCACAGCCGACGGGAGACCAGCGAUGAACGAGCGCGGGGCCGCGCAUCGUUCAUCGCUGGAGUCUCCACACUGAACGAUAUGAACGAGUUCUCGUUCAUUUAUGAACGAGAUCGUUCAUAUAUUUCAGAAAAUCGGCCAGUGUGUAGGGCCUAUAAGAUCAGGAAGUGUGUGCUUCCUAUUUUGUUUACUAUCCUUGUCACAAGUGGUAAAUUUAGUGUUCGGCCUCAAAACAUUGCCACCACGUUCCACAAAGUGCACUGUUCUUUGUUAUGUAUGUUACUUGUAUUGUGUAUAAAUAAACUGCUGUGGCCAAUUACAA